CAGCCCCAGCCCCAGCCCCAGCACACACACACACUGUUGGUGGUGGUGGGCGUGGCCGUCUCCUCCACCAGACGACCUCACCAGAGCAGAGGCAGAGACCACCUCUCCCUUUCCUCCUCCUCCUCCUCCUCCUCCGCUUUUCCCCUCCUCCGCCUCCGUCCCCGAGCCGCGGCCGGCAGAUAUUUCUCCCCAACCGAUCCGAAUCCCGCUGCCCCCGUGCUCCGCGGCCCGGUCCGGAGACCCCGAAAAAUCCGCCCUUUUCCCCUCCUCCUCUUCUUGAUUCGGAGAUCUCCUCUCCUCUCCGUCCCCUCUCCCUCCCUCCCUCCCUCCCUCUCUCUCUCUCUCCCCCGGCCGAGCGAGCGCGCAUGAUGGCGUCCUAGCUAGCUGGCCGCGAUGAGGAAAUCCGGCGGCGGCGGGGAGGACAAGGUCAUGGGCCCGCUCUUCCCCAGGCUCCACGUCAACGACACCACGCUCAAGGGCGGCGGCCCGCGCGCGCCGCCCCGCAACAAGAUGGCCCUCUACGAGCAGUUCAGCGUCCCCUCCCAGCGAUUCGCCGCCAACACCGCCCCCGCCGCCGCCCACCGCCCCGCCGCCAGCUACGCCGCCGUCUCCUCCGCCUCCGCCGGACAGAUUGGUGGGAUCGACAGACCUCUCUUUCCAUCAUUUUGUGUGCCUUCAAACGAACCUGUGCGUUUGCCCGAACACAUCAAGACCAACUCGAGUGGGCGGGACGGCCAUGCUACAUCUGGGAGGCUUUCCACCCAGCUUAAGAGCAAGGACGCCUAUGCUGCAGGAUCGACUGCUGAGUGUAGUAGUUCACAGCGUAGAGACAAUAACAGCAACAACAACAACACGAAGAAUUCUUCUGGGAAGAAGUUGACUAACGAUGAUGAUUUUACGGUUCCUUCUGUCUUCUGCUCUGGAGUGCGCCCUCGUUCCAACCAUGAGGAAGUGAGGAUCCAAGAGAAUUCCACACCCUUCCCAGCUACAAGUCCGUAUAAGAGUGGGCCUACAGUGUCCAAACCAACUGCAAAAUUUCCCAACACCGACAAGAGGUACCUGGAAGGAAGGAACGCGUCGGACACGAGAGCAAUGGACUCUCCAAGUAUUAUCAGGGACAAAGCACCAGCAAACACAACGACAAACUUUUUGGAAGCUGAAGAGAGGACUUCAUCAUUUCAAUUUUCUGCAGAGAAGACAAUGGGUAAAAGAGACGACAAAGGCUCUUCGUAUAGUAGGGUAAAAGAGACGAGCAGUAUAAAUGUUUCUGAUAAGCAACAUUCCCGAAACGAGGGGCAUCAGGCUAGAACAAGGAAUGAGAAUGCUGCUGAGUCUCAGAAUGCUCCAAAGGCUGGAAAUGGGCCAUACUCUACUGACGUCGCAUGCAACGGCGCUUCUAAUCUGUCGGAGAAAGGCCUAAGAGAGACUGGUGAAAAGAGAAAAAGAUCAACCGGACAUCACGAUGCGCAGAGGGAUGAUUCCUCGGAUUCCUCUGUGGAAUCUCUGCCAGAUCUGGAGAUCUCUCCAGAUGAUGUUGUCGGUGCUAUUGGUCCAAAGCAUUUCUGGAAAGCAAGAAGAGCUAUCGUCAAUCAGCAGCGGGUUUUUGCUGUCCAAGUGUUCGAGCUGCAUCGACUGAUCAAAGUGCAGAAGUUGAUUGCAGCAUCUCCACACCUACUUAUUGAAGGGGAUCCGUGCCUUGGCAGUGCCCUGGUGACAAGCAAGAAGAAGACGGCUGCAGCCAAUGUGGAAAAGCAGCUUCUAUCAGCUAAAAGCAAAGACGACGAUGAUGCACAGCUUACCCUGCAGCAGGCGGAGUACUCGAAAGAUAACACUGAAGGAAACCAGGCUUCACGAUCUCAAGACAAUGAUGUAGUCGAGGUCCGGCAUGAGAACCAAGCUGCAUCAAACGGUGCGGUUAGCAGUAACCCUCCUGCUAUGCCUGCUCCUCCCGACAACAAGCAGAACAACUGGUGUGCUCCUCCGCCUCAGAAUCAGUGGCUCGUUCCCGUCAUGUCUCCAUCGGAAGGGUUCGUCUACAAACCAUACACAGGGCCAUGCCCCCCGGCAGGAAGCAUCUUGGCCCCGUUUUACGCAAGCUGUGCUCCUCUGAGCCUGCCAUCUACAGCUGGGGAAUUCAUGAAUUCUCCAUACGGCAUCCCUAUGCCUCACCAGCCGCACCACAUGGGCGUCGGCGGCCCACCAGCCAUGCCUCCGAUGUACUUCCCGCCUUUCAGCGUGCCAGUGAUGAACCCGGUGGUCUCAUCCUCUGCAGUGGAGCAGGUGAGCCGCGUGGCCGCAGCGCGACCCAACACUCACAUCGAGCACCACUCGAGGAGCUCGUGCGACAUGAGGAACGAGGCUGUGUCGGCCGGCGGCGUCUGGAGGUUCCACUCGUCCCGCGGCAGCGAGCUGCAAGGGAGCAGCGCCGCCAGCAGCCCUUGUGACAGGCAGCAGGGCCAGGGCGAGGCGAGGGGCCCUGCCGCGGCCGCACCUGCGGCACCCCUCCCUACGUCGUCAGCCGGGAACGGGAACGCGGCCCAGCAGCCCCAGGUCUCCUCGGGCAGCCAGGAGAACCCGGUGGCGGCAGCGGCCCGUGUGAUCCGGGUGGUCCCGCACACGGCGCGCACCGCGUCGGAGUCGGCAGCGCGCAUCUUCCGGUCGAUCCAGAUGGAGAGGCAGCAGAACGGCCCGUGACAGAGCGACCGCAUGCGGUGGUUGGCCGGCACAAAGAAAGAAAGGAAGGAAGAAAGCUUAGCCAAUUAGAGCUUGGGAGUAUGUUGUUAUUUUUGAGCAGGCAGGCAGGCAGCAAGCAAAUAGCAUUCCUAUAUAUAUUUGUCCCUCUGCGUCGGUAAAAGCGAAUUUUUGGCGACUGUAAAUAUGCAAAGCAAAGCAGGACUUGUAUGAAGGCCAGAACAGAAUGAGUGCUGGUUGGGCAAAGCAGGACUUGUAUCUAUCUAUCUAUCUAUCUAUCUAUCCAUCUAUCUAUCUACUAUGCCAGAAUGAAAACUGUAACUGUUAGUGUUAGGUGUAUGUAUGUCUCAGGCAAAAAGAAGUGAAACCUGGGAGUGAUGGCUCUGCUGUAUUAUCUAUGUAUGUCCAGCUAUAUUGCCUGCUGA